CAUGUCUCACAAACUAAUUUCAACAUGAAAUUAUUAUUUAAUCAUUGUGGGUGAGUGCGUACCUGUGAUACUUGACUUGUGUUGACAGUGUUGAUGAGCUCGAACGCUAAACUUCUAAUUAACUAUUGUGGAAGUUAAUUGUGCUCUGUUUAAUGUAAUUACUUCUAUUUCAACCAUGAUGGAAAGGAUGGCCAGGUUGCAGAUCUCAAAGCAACGAUGGCACCUCCACCAUUUAUGUGCAAGUUUAUUUCUGACAUCAGUGACAAGUGUAGAAGAAAAUCAACCCGAAAUAUUUCUCUCUCCUCGUAAUUUCAACCCUCAUCCUUAUGAGGCCGGUUAUGACCCAAGGGAUGCUUCUGAUGCAAAUAGGCUAGGCCCUGUAGUGUUUCCACCAUCACCCCCUGACGAAGAUAACUCUGUUAAUAGCAAUGUUUUAACUCUAGAGAGGGAGCGUCAAUUGAAUCAUCCAAUAGAUAAUCACCCCUACGCAAAAGUAGCCAGGAAACGAAAAUACCAAUUUCCGGGAAGAUUUAGUCAACAGAGCCCGAACAUAAAUCCGAAGGUAUAUGAAGCUUUAUCCAAGCAUGCGGCGAGAGUGCUUUCUGAGCCAGCCUCUCAGUUAAGGAAGGAUUACACUCUCUCCUCAUUAUCCAACGAUCGCAAGAAUUAUGCGUUCUCGUAUAAAGUAGUGGAUCACUUAACCGGCGAUGACUUCUCUCACACUCAAUCCCAAAAUUCUCAGGCUACAAAUGGAGAAUACAGAGUAAAAUUGCCAGACGGCAGGGUGCAAAUAGUGUCAUACAUAGCCGACAAAAACGGCUACAAAGCAGACGUCAAAUACACCGAAAACGACCUUCCCAUGCAGAAUGUACAAAUUCAACACAGCCAAAUCCCAAUACCUAUUCUCAAGGCGAAUUCUUACGAUUACCAAUACGAUCACAUAAGCGGAUCGCAUUUGCCUGCGUAUGGCAAAAACUUAUACGCACCUUCGCCAACGCCUCCGACCAAAAGCUUCCAGGAUUACGAUUCCUACGUGGUUGCCACACCCAGUCCUACUUACCCAAAGACCAGUGUGCACUUCUCUAAUAGGCAACCCAAAGUGCAAAUUUAUCCCAACGGAGAAAUAAAUGGAUUGGGUAAUUACAUCGGAUCAACUGUAGCGCCCUAUUUGCUCAGUGGCUCCAAGGCAUAUCACGAGGACGUCGUCGCCUCGACCGUAACUCCCACGUUGGCGGGAUACACUCAAGUGUACACUGUGUAUUAACACCACCAACUUCAGCAUCGCUCAAAAUCAACAAGACUCGGAGGCUCGGUUUAUGGCAAAUAAAAAUUAGAUUCAUUACCCGGAAAACACGCUCGGAAUGUUUGCUACGUUAUUGUAGGGGUACAUUUUAAAUUAGGUUUAACCAGAAACAAAUGUACAUAAGAGAUGGAUAAUGGGUUGUGUGUGGAUACUUGCCGUUUCCUAUUUAUUUAUGUAAUUAUUCAGACUUAUUUUUGUUUAUUCCUUCAUUUGUUGUGUGAACGUUAAUUUUAAUUAAGAAUUUAUGAUUUUUGCCACAUCUGAUGGUAAGAAAAUACGGGUUUAUUGUGUUUAAUUUAUUAUUAUUGUGUACAAAGAAAUAAAAUAUACACAAUCUUUAUAAAUGACGCUCGAAGUUUGCGAACUUGUUUGUGUGUAGUCACUAAUAUACAGGCUGCGCCAGAACUCGCGCCCCAGAGAAAAUUUUCAAGUAAGGUAAGAUACCAGGAACAUGAAAAAAAUGUUU